AAGCAGCGCCCGGACCCUCUCUGGCUUCCGCGCACCCUUUCCCACCUCCCGUGUACGUCCCGUAAACAUCACUUCCAAAGAUGUGGGCCCGAGUUCUCGUUCUCGUGAUGGCGGCGUGGGCGUGCCGCGCUCAAAUCAACAACGGCCUCAACCAACAGCAGCAGCGUAGCAUCUGGGACGAGCCCAUCCGUUUCAGCACCAAGAGCAAGGACGCCUGCACCAUGGUGGUGUCGGGGGCCUCCGACUACACCCGCCUGCGCGUCUCCUGCAAGGGCCCCGCGGCGCCAAGCGGUGCCCAGGGCCGCGUGUACUACUGCGACUUCCAGGGCAAGCCCAAUCUGUGCCGGGCCUACAGUCUUAACCCGCGCCACUACUUCACGCAGAUCAUGUGGGAGCUGCGCAAACUGAAUCACGCCUGCCAGGGCGCCAAACUCUACCGGCCGCCCAUGUGUAAGAGGCACCCCGACGAGGUCCAGAUGACCUUCCUGUCUGCUUGGCCUCGUGCCGCCAAACCCACCAAACCGGCUGCUGGCUCCACCGACGCUCAACCCAAACCCGUCGGCACUCAGAAGCCGCAGAGGCCUCAGACACCCGUCAAGCCCCAGGCGGGCAAAGCCGUCCCGGCCCCCGCCAGGAAGACCACCCCCAAGCCGGCCAAGACCACUGUGAGGCCCUCGACGGAUCUGCCUGAGUCUAAGGUGUCCCGCUUGGCCACAGAGUACUGCUGGAAGAGCUUCCACGGCAUCUGCUCGUACGUCAUCGGAUUGUUCAAGAACUGACGCCGACGGGUGGGGGACACCACUGAUGGAUAUGUCACAUGACCUCGUCAUUCUCAACUGAGUAACCGCUUGAAACGGAGGCCGAAUAAAAUCAAGAGUUCCACUUUUCAUUCA